AUGUUUCGACAAAUAUUAAACGUAAUAAAGUCGAACUGCCAAGUAGUUCCAAAAGCAAAGUAUCAAAAUUAUAUUAUGUCUGAUGUCCUAGCGCAGAUAGAACGAGAAUGCGAGAAGUUUUGUCCUGUACCGAGAUUUCCAUCGAGGAAGGUAACAGUUGUAGGAGCCGGCAGUGACGUAGGAAGUAUCGCUUCUCUUUUUUUAAAACAACAGAAAGUCAUCAAGAUUUUAGCUCUAUACGAUGAUGAUCCGGAAAAUAAAGUUCUCGGUGUUGCAAAUGAUUUGGCACAUAUCGACACGAGUACCGAAGUACAAGCUUACCAAGGAAGAGUGUUUUUGAAAAACGCUCUUGACGACGCCGACGUGGUGCUCGUCUGCGGCGGUCAUUAUGUCAUGCCUCCGUGCUGCGACGUUACUGACAGAGAAUUGUUUUUUGACAACAUGCAUAUAGUACGAACAGUCAGCAUAGCCUGCGCACAGUUCUGCCCCCAGGCUAUCAUCGCUAUACAGACUCCGCCUGUGGACUGCAAUUUUGCACUUUGCAUGCAUACCUUAAAACUGGUUCGUGCCUACGAUAAACGAAAAGUGCUGGGUGUAAACGCGAUUAACUCAAUGCGCGCCAACCAGCUGUUCUGUUCUAUCACGGGGUCUGAUCCCUCUAAAUCUCACACUCCCGUCAUUUGCGGGACAGGUCGAUGCACUAGAGUACCAGUUUUCUCAGCCGCAAAAGCUGGAAACUUUCCACAGACCCAAGUGGAGUGCCUCACUCGAUUGGUACGGGAAGCUGACGAGAUAAUCUGCAAGGUUAAAAACAAUGGCGAACAGGGACAUUUGUCGCUAGGAUUUUCAACCGCUAGAUUUGUAGUUAACAUCAUGAAAGGUUUAUUCGAAAAGCCGACAUUCAUAGACAGUGCGCUAGUGGAACAAGCAAAUCCAGAUAAAUGCUACAAUAUGCCGAUUUGCGCUACGCCAGUCACUAUCGGUAAAGGCGGUAUUAUAGAAUAUGCGAUACCCAAUCUUAAUCAAAUCGAAACAAGAAUUUUGGAAGACAGCAAGUGUGAGCUCGAAGACAUGUUGACACUCGGUCGUUGCUAUGCUAUCGGUGACGAGUACUGUCUGCAUCCUUGCAAGGCCUGUCCCUGUUGUGUGUGUCCCCCGUGCAAGACAUGCAAACCCAUGAAUAGGAGAAGUAGAAAUAAUUAAGCAUCCACUUCAAAGCAUUCCAUUUCAAACCACUUAGUGAACCGCACUAACUAGAUAUCUGUUUCGUGAAAAUAGACUGAAUAAAAAAUUAAGGUUUUA